GCAGUGCACCUUCUUCUCUGACUCUCUCUCUCUCUUCUUCUUCCUCUGCUUUGCUCUGUUUCUUUUUCCGAUCCCAUUGUAGUGAGAGAAAGAGAAAAAGUGCCUAGUGGAAAAUGGCAAUGAGUUUGUUGCUUUUGAAGAAGUGGCUUUCAUUUAGUCUCAGUUCUCUGCUUCUUCUUUUGCUGCUCGUCGGAGUUUACGCCGGUGUUCAGACUACCGACAGUUCCGAUGUCAGGACAGUGGAAAAAGUGCAGUUGAAGAGCUCUGAAAACUCAACAAUGGCGGUGAGUUUGGAAGAGAUUGAAGAGAAAUUAAGCAAACAUGCAGUGGAUGAUCCAGAAGAAGUUGUGUCCAUGGUUGCAGAGAGCAUUAGGAACAGUACUGAGAGGCGAAAACUUGGAUAUUUCUCAUGUGGGACGGGAAAUCCAAUUGAUGACUGCUGGCGUUGUGACCGCAAUUGGCAAAAGAACCGCAAGCGCCUUGCUGAUUGUGGCAUUGGAUUUGGGCGCAAUGCCAUUGGUGGUCGUGAUGGUCGUUACUAUGUCGUCACUGAUUCGCGCGACGAUGACCCUGUUAACCCCAGGCCCGGUACCCUUCGCCAUGCUGUUAUCCAGGAGGAGCCUCUAUGGAUUGUUUUCAAGCGUGACAUGGUCAUACAAUUGAAACAGGAGCUCAUUAUGAACAGUUUCAAGACCAUUGAUGCCCGUGGCUACAAUGUUCAUAUUGCCAAUGGUGCUUGUAUCACUAUCCAGUUUGUUACCAAUAUUAUUAUCCAUGGCCUUCACAUUCAUGAUUGUAAGCCAACGGGUAAUGCUAUGGUGAGGAGCUCACCGUCCCAUUUCGGCUGGAGGACAAUGGCUGAUGGUGAUGCCGUUUCUAUCUUUGGCUCAAGCCACAUAUGGAUUGAUCAUAACUCACUCUCUCACUGUGCUGAUGGUCUUGUUGAUGCUGUUAUGGGCUCAACUGCCAUUACUAUUUCUAACAAUCAUUUUGCUCAUCAUAAUGAGGUCAUGCUAUUGGGCCACAGUGACUCCUACACUAGAGACAAGCAGAUGCAAGUGACAAUUGCCUAUAACCACUUUGGAGAGGGUCUCAUUCAAAGAAUGCCAAGGUGCAGACAUGGCUACUUCCAUGUGGUGAACAAUGACUACACUCACUGGGAGAUGUAUGCUAUUGGUGGAAGUGCUAACCCCACCAUCAACAGCCAAGGAAACAGAUACCUUGCCCCAACUAAUCCUUUUGCAAAGGAGGUAACAAAAAGGGUUGACACAGCAGCAGGUCAGUGGAAGGGUUGGAACUGGAGAUCAGAGGGAGACUUGAUGCUUAAUGGUGCCUAUUUCACUCCAUCAGGAGCUGGAGCUUCAGCAAGCUAUGCAAGAGCUUCAAGCUUAGGUGCCAAAUCCUCUUCUAUGGUGGGCGCCAUAACUUCAGGUGCUGGUCCCCUUGCUUGCCGCAGAAGCCGCAUGUGCUAGUACAGCCAGCUUUACCUCUAUCAUUUAUACCGAUUUUCCAAAAGAAAGUGUCCCUUUUUCUUUUCUUUUUUCUACUAAGUAUUAGAUUCCCAUUCUUACUACUAAAAAGCACUUCCCUAAAGUUCUUCCCAAAUCAAAGUUAUAUCCCAUUGUUUGUCAAUCUGUCCAUUAAUCAUCUAUUCAGUUCCUCCUUGGCAAGUGUACUUUUUUUACACUGUCAAUUUCAGUUCCUGUCUAAAAGCGUUGUGCAACCUCGGCCUGAUUUCACUUCAAGAAAAGCCCAAUGUCUGUUCUUGAAGCAGGUGCAGAAGCGUUGUCCAUGCCCCGUUUCUUGUUUUAUUUUUCCAAUCUCAAGAGUUCUCAGUCUCUUCAUCCAUUGGUUUCUUCUAACCACCAUUUGUCAACCACCCCCACUCUAUCUUUGUGUCUUGAGUCUUUAGUCUGCAUAUUGUGCUUUGGCUAUUGUGUUUUUGCCUUUUCUUUAUUAUAGGAGUGAAUGAUUUUGUAAGUUUUUUUUAGCUUUCUUGAGUCAUACAAGCUAUAUAGCGUGAAUGUCAAAAACUGUUAUUGGAAGGGUAAGAAAAAAGAAACUUUUUGUUUGAAAUGAUGCAAAGUUACUACCUUUAUGUUACCUUUUACUUUUUUGCUUUGUCAUUGUCAACAGAAACAUUAAUAUCAUCUUGGUUGUGUUAAAUCAAUACUAUAAUUUGAUAUCAA